AUGCUGUUACAGGAACAAGUAUCAUUCAAAGAUGUGUGUGUAGACUUUACCCAGGAAGAAUGGUAUCUACUGAAUCCUGCUCAGAAAAUACUCUACAGAGAUGUGACACUGGAAAAUUAUAGCCACAUUGUCUCAGUAGGAUGUUGUGUCACUAAGCCAGAGGUGAUCUUCAGGAUAGAGCAAGGAGAAGAGCCCUGGACAUUAGAAGAGGGAGUCUCAAGCCUACACAAUUCAGAAGCCUGGAAAGUUGAUGGCCUGAUAGAGCAAAGCCAGGAUAAUGAAGAUGAACAUUUCUUGCAGUUUAUAUUAAACAACAACAAAAUAUUAAGUAGAGAAAAUGGCACAAGAGCAGUGAAAAUGUUCCACAAAGGUAUAGACUGUGUUCCUUCAAGAAAUAGCCCUUAUAGAAUAUGUGGCUCUUGUGAAAUAAGUUUAAAGGAUAUUUCAGGCUUUAUUAGUAGUAAAAAGGGUUUUUCAGGGAAGAAACCUGAUCAGUUCAAUGCAUGUGAGAAAUUUCUUGAUAAUAGGCAUGAAAAAAUGCCUAUUGGAGAGAAAUCUUAUAUUCAAGACAGUAAUAUUCUCAGUGAAAAUGAGACUCUUACUCAUUCAAUUUUUAACCAGCAUUUUGAGUAUAAUAAAAAGGAGAAAAACUUUAAUGAAGAUGCAGAUUUUACAAGUAAGAGAGAGAAAAUAGGAGAGACACUCACUGAAUAUAAUACAUGUCGAAAAGUUUUCAUCCAAAGUUUAGACCUCAGUAUAUCUCAGCGAACAAAUUUGGAAAUGGAGCCAUAUGAAUGCAGUAUAUGUGGGAAACUCUUCUAUAUGGAUUUAAGAUUUGGACAUCAGCCAAGCCUUACAGCGGUUAAUCCUUAUAAAUACAGUGAAUAUGGUGAAAUACUGUAUGGUAGUUCAAUUUUCAUUGUUCAUCAAGGAGCUUACACAGGAAAGAUUCACUCUGAAUACAAGGUAUGUGACAAAACUUGGGAGCAUUCACCCCUCUUUAAACACCAGGUAAUACAAAUGGAGGAAAAGAAUUGUGAAUACAAUGAAAACAGAAAUAACUUCUACAAGAAAUCACAUGUCACCCAACUUCGGAGAACUCACUUAGGAGAAAAAACCUUUGAAUGUGGUGAAUGUGGGAAAACUUUCUGGGAGAAGUCUAAUCUCACACAACACCAGAGAACACACACAGGAGAGAAACCUUAUGAAUGUACUGAAUGUGGGAAAUCAUUUUGCCAGAAACCACACCUUACCAACCACCAGCGAACACAUACAGGGGAAAAGCCCUAUGAAUGUAAGCAGUGUGGGAAAACGUUCUGUGUGAAGUCAAACCUAACUGAACAUCAGAGAACACACACAGGGGAGAAACCCUAUGUGUGUAAUGCAUGUGGGAAGUCUUUCUGCCAUAGAUCAGCUCUAACAGUACACCAGAGGACACAUACAGGUGAGAAACCCUUCUUAUGCAGUGAAUGCGGAAAAUCCUUCUGUGUGAAGUCAAACCUCAUUGUACAUCAAAGAACUCACACUGGGGAAAAACCCUAUAAGUGUAAUGAGUGUGGAAAAAACUUCUGUGAGAAAUCAGCUCUCACUAAACAUCAAAGAACUCACACAGGAGAGAAGCCCUAUGCAUGUAAUGAAUGUGGGAAAACCUUUAGCCAGAGGUCAGUACUCACCAAACAUCAGAGGAUUCAUGCGCGGGGGAAAACAGUUUCUACAUCCUGA